CUUGUAAACUGUUAUGGCGUUUGUGUUCUCCAAUACACAACGCAUAUUCGUGUCUGUGUUUGAGAAUAAAAAAUAAAUUUAACAAAACUUAAUUACAUCAUUCUGAAGCAACCCCGAUAAUAUGGAAGCGCGUUUCGCAUAGAUUCCUUCAUCGUACAGUGAAGGAAUAGUGAUUUAAGGUUAUGUUACCAUCUUUUAUCGAGUUCUAGAUAGGAUUCUGUGAAAAAAAGAGGAUCAGUUUGUGUUUUUCUCUACACAACAUCCCUGAAUGAAUUUCUCACGGUUCCUUGACAUACAAUCAUGGUGGGAAGUACCAAGUAUUGCGUAUUUUUGCUCAUUAUUUCGGACUGCUUUCAAUCUUCUGGAUUUUGACAUUGAAGAGCUCGAGGAAGCUCUUCUAACAGACGGAACCGAGGACUCAGGUAGUUCUUUGCUGACAGAGUUAAUUGUUCGACUCCUAAAUGGGUGUUUGGGCAACAAUGACAUCUCAGCGUUUAAUUAUCAGAUGUAUUUGAGACGUCUAUUCCGGCAAAAAUGUCAGGAAUCAGGACGAUACAACCCCUUCAAUACUGACAUUGACUUUCAGUUUCUGCCGCUGCGCAGAAAAGUUGAGAUCCUGUAUGCACUAUGUGAUUUCCGAUUGGACGCUGAGGAUGUUUUUGAUUUGUUUAAGAACCUGGAAGCCGAGAGCCUGAGGGUGGAACCACUCGGAUGGGAUGACAAUGACUCAGCUUACUGGUAUUUCUACGGCACAAGAUUGUAUAGAGAGGAUAUAGUGAAGAAGCCAAAAGGAAAAAAGAAAAAGAAGAGCAAGGAUAAGAAGCGCGGCUGGCUACAUGGGGAAGAGUGGAACGAUGAUGAAACAGAGAGGGUGUGGCAGGUCGUGUGCUUUACGGAAGAGGAUUGGACCCACCUGACACAGAAGUUCAGCAAGGCCACCAGCAAGGUUGAGAAGGAACUGUUCCGAUCGCUUUCGCAGAAUUUUAUGCCAGAAAUACCAAGACUAUUUCAAGAGAAGGAACGUCUACAGCGGAAAAGGUUGCGUUUGCCUCGAAGGUUGCUCGAACUUGCCCCGCGGCGCACGUCUAGCCGCGUGCUGCAGAAGAUCCGGCAGAAGGAGGAGGAGGAGAGCAGCAAGGCAACCACAGAUGUGGACACGUCGAAGGACUCCGACAGCAAGGAGAGCCAGGACCUCGCGCGCCGCAACCGCGCCAAGCGAAGGAAUCUGCUGAGAUCCAAGUCGAUAUCCUCGUCAUCAUCAGACAGCUCCGACAGCUCGGAGCCAGAGGAGAUGCCGCAGAAGAGCAGCAGCAAGUCGAAGACCAAGAGCAAGGGAAAGAAGUCAAAAAACUCAUCCGCUACGCAUAAAGGCGAACCACCACCGGAGCAGCCGAUACGCACCGGGCGCAAGACGAACAACUCGCUCGCGUCGGCCACGGGCCAGAUCGUGAUACCGGACAACGACGAGCCGGUCAACAGCACUAGGCGCAAGGUGAAGACGUCGCAGAUAUUUAGCCAGACGGACGAAGACAUCCAGAUCGACAUGUACAAAGUGCUAGAACAGCUGACGAACCACGAGGACGCUUGGCCGUUCCUGGAUCCAGUUGAAGAGGAGUACGCUCCGAACUACUACACGGUGAUCCGCCGACCCAUGGACCUCCACAAGAUGGAGGAAAGGCUGGACAGCGGAUUCUACCCGGACUUCUCGUCGUUCAAAGCAGACUUCAAACUGAUUGUCAAUAACUGCAGAUUGUACAAUGGACAUGAUAAUGAAUACACAGCAAUGGUGGACAACCUGCAAGCGGCGUUCGACCGCCUUACCGAGAAGUAUCUAUACCGUGUGUCCUCAUCCGAUGAAGAGAUAGCAGUCGAGUACCAGCUCCCGACUCCAACCAGGCGCCAUAAACGCAAGGCCAGCGACUCGCCGGCCAGACAGGCGCCCGGGAAGAGAAAAAAACGAAAGUCACAUUCCGAAGAUGCGGAACCAAAAUCAAGCACCUCUUCAAUCAAGAAGGAGAAAUCUGAUGAUGACGAGCCAGAAAAUCCUGCGAGUGACAAUGAUAAUGACGAAGCUCAAGAUAAAGCCGACAAGAAAAAAGAUGAAAAAGGUGACGAAGAAGAAGACGAAGCUGACGCGAAAAAAUCUAAAGAAUCUCACAAGGAUAAGGGGAAGAAAAAACGCAAGGGCCACCAUCACCGGCAUGGAAAACAUUCCAAAAAUCACAAGAAGAAUAAAGAACAUGGAUCCAAGAGUAAACAUGGCAAAAAGCACGGCAAGAAUAAAGACAAGGAAGGCAAAAAGUCGAAGCAAAAGAAGAAGAAGAGUAAGCAUCAAGAUCCAGAACCAGAGCCACCAGAGAUUUUAAAGCGUAGUGACUCUCAAGAGUCGGUGUCUAGCUCGAAUAGAAGUCGCAGUGCCAGUCCCCUGCCCUCCAUUCACACUCCCUCUCCUUCUCCUACAGAACUCGACAAACCAGACACCAGCAAAGCUGAAUUUGACAAAGUUGACUAUGAUCAACCCGCAACAUCAAAACAUCAUGCUGAAUGUGAAUUUCUCAAAGACAAAUAUGAUAAAAUCAAGGAAAGGCGGCGACAUGCAGCCAAAGAUGUAUGGGAAUCGCUAUUUGAUUAUAAGCAAAAGAGUGACAAGCACAAGCAAAAUCUGAAUAUUCCGGAAAAGGAAAAGAAUCAAAAGCUACGUGAAACAAUUGAAAAAUUGAAGGCUAAAAAUGAGAAAUACAAAGAUACAUCACUAUUUGCUAGUCUGUUCACUCCGCGGAGUACUAGGCGGGUGGAAAAGAAAAAAGAUUAUAAAGAGGACGAUAGUGACGAUGACUGCUCUGAUGAUGAGCCCCUUGAAACCGUUAAAGGAAAGUGCACAAAUAAAAAGCAGGUUAAGAAGAGUUCAGCCAAGAAUGAAUCCGCAUCUGAGGCAUUAGAAGAAGCUGUGAAAGAUAUCAGUAAAUGGCUCGAUGAAGCUCCAAAGGGAUCCACUGCGAGCUCACCUUGCGACAGCCCUGCUCCUACAGUCUCAACUGAAGAACAAGAUAGCAGCAGUCGCCAAGACGACGAACUAUCGCAAGGAGAAAGACCACUCGCCAGCAGAAAAGAAGCUUCAAGGAAACGCCCCUCUUCACGCGAACCUAAACUGAUUAAACGUCGCGAAAUACAAAGAACUAUUGAUAGACUUCAACCCGGAAAAAGCAAGGGCAAUUUAUUGACUAAUCUUGUUAAUAAAACCGCUGAUAAAUCUGACGACACUGAUCAAUCAGGUCAAGCCAAUAAAGCUCGAGAUUCGAAGGAUGAAGAACCGAGUCCUAAACUGAGUCUGGGAUCUGUAUUACCGACUGUUGAUUUUACGCUCGGUGAUGAUCAUAACUUUGGUAAAGAUGAAAACGACAAAGAACAGACAACUGCUUCUAAAGCUACUGAAACAGAAGGAGACGUAAUCAUACCUGAGAUUAUUAUUGAAAAAGAACCAGAAAAAAUACCUGCUAUAUGUAACAAAAAAGAUGCAGAAGUUGAAACUGAGCCACCAUUUAUGAUGAAGCCUAGCCAGGAAAAAGCCACACCGAAUCUAAGCGCCUGGUUCAAAGCGUUUGGAGCGCCUAAAACAACCGCGCCCGUUGCUACUACCAAGAAAAAGGCUGAAGAAACUGAAAAUGAAGAGAAACCAGUAGAAAAUAAUGAAGUAAAGACUAGUCCUCGGGUGGGCGCAGUUAAAUUUGACUCUCCUAACGAUCCGAACUCACCAAACCCUGAUGGAGGAGACAGCCCACACCCGAGCAUGUCGGCGACACCUCGUCAAAGAAGGACGAGCACAGGCAGUUCAAUUUCUGAACGAUCAUCGUUCAGUCAAGAUUUAGAUUCACCGCGACAUCAAAUGUCACACACAUCUCCGCUAUUGAGAUCUCCGGCUUCUCCGCGAAAUGACGAUUUCCAAAAGAUCACAUACCCCAUAAUUAACGGCACAGUCCGAGCUGGCUUCUACCAAGAUACGACAUCUCUUAAGAGUAGCCCAGAUAAAAGUUGCAGUCCUCGCGAGGGUCCACAGUCUCCAUACUCUCCGUAUCCUCAACACGUAUAUGCGUCAUCAUCUAGCGCACCCGGUUCCGCGACUCCAAACUAUUUCAUUGACCAUAACAAAUCCCCGAUACCGACGUACACUCAAAACGCGCCCCCUUACUAUGAUUCAGCUAAAGCUACAGCUAUCAAUAAAUCGACUAGAGCCAAUGAUGAUUACAACUCAGCAGCGCCUGAAAUGUAUCCCAGUCAUUUCAAUAGCCCAUACUCUCCAUCUUCAGCACAGUAUUCACCAGUGCAGACAAAUUACUCACAACCCCAAAUAUCACCACAGCCGACGGCUAAUUCUAAUUCCCAUGUUAAUCAUAAUGCUCCACUGAUGCUUGAACCGAAAUCUUCGUUGUUCCCAGUGAAAAAGCGUACUUACAACGAACCCGAGCAAAUUCAGCCGGAUAAAGUUGUUCAGCAUAAAGAACCAGAACCACCGAAGAAUGACUACGCUAAGAUAACACAAGUCAACAACAUGGCGAUGGCUGCCCCGUCAGUGGACGAUAUAGCUCUCGCUUUAAGCGAAAGAUCUCAAAUGGCGAAAUUGAACAACGCCAGGGACAUGCGCCCGCCUGAAUAUACAGACAGGCAACAGUACGACAUUCGGAAGCCCGCCUAUGAAAAUAAUGAGCCAGCGCAUGCAAAUAAACGUGACAUGAACAAUGUGGACUUAACUAAACCACUCGGAAUGACUAAGAAGGACGGCGUGGACAUGGUUAAUAUGGGAUACUUCAAUACAGAAGAUAGAAGGAAUAGCACCGACAAUCGCGAAGUGGAAUAUCUGGCACGAGAAAAAGCAUCCUCUCAAGCACAUAAGGGUUAUGAGAUAGAAGCGAUUGCUAUUAAUCUCGGAAUGAACAGCCAACAGUUACCGAGGCCGCUUUCUAAACCCAAUAUAACCGGUUGUAACAUGACUCCAGCGCAUUCUCAUGAGCGGCAACACACUGACAUGAGCAUUAAUCAAAAUAUAGCCCACGCUCAUCAAAAUCAAUAUGACCACUCAACUGGUCAAGCGAUAAGCAAUUUUUCACUCAAUGAUAUUGAAUUGGCCAAUAAAAAGUUAUAUGCCAACAACAUAGCAUCGUCUACUGCCUUGGACUAUGGAAACUGGAAGAACACCAACCAAAUGCGUAAACAAGAUAUCCUACCAUCGGACUAUUCUUCUGCCUAUGCAGUAAAUAAUGAAGAAAAGAACAAGGCUGACACUGCAGCAGCCUUAAAUUAUAAAAACAUGCAACAUCAGCAGUACAAUAACUAUGCAAAUAUGCCACGACACAACCAACGGACGCCGGAAUUGUCGCAGAAUAUUCCAUCUGAACUAAGGAUUCCCAACCCUCGGGGAAUGCACAAACCUGAGAAUGCUAUUGUGACAUCGAGUGCUGAUGACGCUAUUGCUAAAAAUAUUGACGCAAUGGCUAAGGCCCAGAAAGCAGAAAAACUGGCUCAAAACCAUCCUCUCGUCUCCUCUAUACCUUAUAAAACCCCUUACAGCACUCAUUCUACCCUUCCAAUUGAUUCACUCCGAAAUUUGCCCAACAUUCCUCAAAUGUUGGAGAGAUAUUCUAAUGACGAGCGCUAUUUAUCCAGCUUCGCCACCACUACUUCGUCGUUGUACCACGACAAAACAUUUCAAAUGGCACACAUGUUCAAUAAAGGUCUAGUUUCUGACGUCAACACGACCGUCUCUCAUAGCAACAUUUAUUCGCAACCCGCCGUGUCAAUGAGCAAGGAUAAUAAUGUCGUAUACAAAAAUACAACAACACCGACAAACGCUCAAAUCGAUCCUAAAGCGAAACCGAAAAGAAAGAGGACCGCAGACCCGAAGCCGACUCUUCCCACCGCGCAAACUUACCAACAUCCGACAUCUUGCGGGAACGACGUGUUGACAUCGGUCAAGACGAGCAUAAUGCCGACGACCGCGUUUAACUUCGGAGCGUCGACGAACAUGGCCCUGAGCGGCAUGUACGGGGAGAACGCAGGGUUCUCGAUCGACGACUUCCGGAACAGCACGAGCCAGCUGAUGGCCGCGAACUACAUGGCGGCGGCGGUGGCGCACCAGCAGCGCAGCAGCGAGGCGGGCGCGGACAAGCUGGGCAAGCCGGCGCACCAGGCGGCCGGCGCCGGCUUCCCCUUCAUGGCGCACUCGCAGGUGCGCGCCGGCUACGGGUUCGGCGACGCGGGCUCGCCGCUGUACCAGCAGUACAUCCAGCGCUACCAGGAGGAGCUGCAGCGGCAGACCAUGGGCCUGUACCCGCCCGCCUACCCGCCGCCGCUCGGCGUGCGCCAGCCCUACGACGCCAUCAACCGCUCCUCGUGGAUAUAAUAUUGGCUUUACGGCCGACCUCAAGGCGAGUGGACUUACGCGUGUUACGACCCGGGAUGCUCAGGAUGUUACCGGAAAGAUUGAAUUGUUUGUAGGUUUGCCAUACGUUUUUUGAAUUUUACGAACGUUUCAUAAUAAUAUAAUAACGAUCGCUGUUCUACAUCAUGACAAUUUUAUCUUUUAUGCAUAAUAUUUAUGUACGUGCAAUCUUCUAUGUUCGUGUUAUAUUAAAAUUAUUGAUGUUAGCGUUUCAAGCAUAAAUCCCUCUUAGGUCCAUUUCGAAAGAUAUUCUCGAGUAAAUGUUGAAGCGAAUCGAUGUUAAACCCAAUGUGUAGUUUGCUGUCAGUUUGAAUAUUAUUAUAUAGUAAAUUAUUAAAUAAAUAAAUGUUAAAUGUGAACAAAACAGUUCGUAGCAUUUUUGCGUCUGAAGUAGUAUAAGGAAGUUAUUCUUAUUUUACUUGUACAUUUUGUUAGCAUACUUAGCAUUUAUAGUUAACUUUUUUAUGCAAUGUUCUCAUUCUCUUGAGCAGGCCAUGCAAUAUCAGUAGUAAUUUUUUAAUCAUAUUAUUUCAAUAUUAUAAUUAUAAUAAAUGAUUAUGAAUAUUUCGCUUCUAAGCUUUUAGCUUUAAUUUACUUAUCGCUUAUUAAGGUCACAUAAUGUAUUUGUUAUUAUUAAUUAAAAUUUUAUGUUUAAAUUUUCUUUUACCUUGUUGUGUAAAUAUUUUGAUAAUUGUUUUAAAUCAUGUUUUAUUAAAUAUAUACCUAAUUAUACUUUCGCUAUAUACAAAUAAUUUUGAAUAUUAUUAUAAUUCACUGGAUUUUAGUGUUAAGACUUAAGAUUGAUGUAAGAAUCUAUGAAAUAAUUUUUUGUGUAAAAAUGAAAAUAAAGAUUUUCAAUGUGC